GCACAGCGCACUUCGUAGCGUACGCGCCGCUCUUCUAUAUUAGGGUUAAUUUUUAAAACCCAGACGCGCCUCCAGUCACGACUCGCGAGCAUUUCACCUCUCAAAAACGCCUCCAGCCCUAACCGCAAAUUCUCCGCAUAAUCUGAAGCAAACAUUGAGUUAGUUUUCGGAAAAUCUUCAAGCUAUUGGGCUGUGAUGUAGCACUAAUUGAGUAGAAAUUGGUGGAUUUUCGUCAAACCCAGAUUUUGUAUGUUGGUUUGUGUUUUUUUAUUUUGGAAGAAUUGGUAUUUGGUUUGAUAUUGUUGCUGCAAAUUCAUAAUGACGAGUAAAAAGGAUUUUGCUUGGAAGUGGGGGAUACAAGUUGAAGGAGAAAGAUACUUGAGGUGCUCUUUUUGUAAUCAACAAUGCACCGGAGGUAUUACAAGGCUCAAAAAUCACUUAGCUCAUACUCACCAUGGUAUGAAGCCUUGUCCAAAGGUUCCACCAAAUGUAAAAGCCAAAUGUAGUGAUUAUUUGAAAAAUUUUAAGGCGAUCAAUAUGAAGCGAAAUGAAUCACUUCAUGAGCUAUCUGUCCAAAAGAAAAAAAAAGAAUCACUUCGUGAGCUAGGCCAAUUUGGGAGUAAUGCUUCCAAUGAAAUGGAACAAUCCGAAGAUGGAAUUGGUAGUGGGAGUGGGAGUGGGAGUACCCCAACUCCAAGUGGCGAGAGUUCUCUAGCUCCCCCUAGGCCUAGAGGACCCCUUGAUAAGUAUGUGUCUUCUGAAGCUCAGCAAGCUACACUGAAUACCAAGCUAAAAAAGGAUGAAAGGAAUGAUGUGUGCCGAAAGAUUGGGCGUUGGUUCUUCAAUUGUGCAAUUCCAUUCAAUGCCGUGAAUAGUCCUUUUUAUUUGUCCAUGAUGGAAGGAAUUUCCAAUUUCUGUCCUGAGUUCAAACCCCCUUCCAUGCAUGAGUUGAAGACUUGGAUCCUUAGGCAAGAAGUUGAAGAUAUUCAAGGAACAAUGGUUGAACAUAAAAACGCUUGGAAUGAAUAUGGGUGUACCAUCAUGUUAGAUGGUUGGACAGAUGGAAAAAAUUGGGUUCUUCUUAACUUUCUAGUGAAUAGUCCUCGCGGGACUUGGUUCUUGAAAUCAGUUGAUGGCUCUGAUACAAUAAAAUAUGAAGACUUGAUGUUCAAGUACUUGGAUGAUGUAGUAGAAGAAAUAGGAGAAAAGAAUGUGGUUCAAGUGAUUACAAUUAAUGCAUCAAAUUACAAGAAUGCGGGGAAAAAGCUUAUGGAGAAGAGGAAGAAAUUGUGGUGGACUCCAUGUGCUGCCCAUUGCAUUGAUUUAAUGCUGGAAGAUAUUAGCAAGUUAACAGUUUUUGAAAAUAUUAUUCAAAAGGGUAAGCAAUUAGUGAAGUUCAUUUAUGGACAUUCAUGGGUCCUUUCUUUGAUGAGGCAUUACACUAACAAUAAAGAGAUCAUCCGUCCAGCGGUGACACGCUUUGCCACUGUUUAUCUCACACUUCAGAGCAUUUAUAAGGCUAAGAGAGGUAUUAUGUCUAUGUUCACCUCCCAAGAAUGGCAUAAUGGUCCAUUCGCCAAAAACAAGGAUUGAGUUGUGGCUCGUAAAAUUGUACUACAUGAUGCUAAUUUUUGGUCUCACGCUGCCUUUUGCAUCAAGGUGGUUAUUCCACUUGUCUCUGUUUUAAGGGAGGUUGAUUCAGAAGAGAGACCUGCAAUGGGCUAUAUUUAUGAGUUGAUGGAUGCAGUAAAGGAGAAGAUUGCCUUCAAUUGUGGAAAUGUGGAGAGAAAGUACAAACCAAUUUGGAAUAAAAUUGAUAAAAGAUGGGGUCCACAACGUCAUCACCCUUUGCAUGCUGCUGGUUAUUAUUUGAACCCACAAUUGCAUUAUGAAGAAACUUUCACAAACUCUAAAGAAGUGAGGGAAGGUUUGUGUGCAUGCAUGGAUAUGAUGUUGAGUGGAGAUGAACGUGUUCAAGCGGAUUGCCAAUUGGACAAUUAUAUUUAUGCAGAAGGAGAUUUUGGAAGUGAAGUAGCAAUGAAAUGCCGGAAAUUGCGAUCACCAAUCAAUUGGUGGUUGCGUUUUGGGAGGGAGACACCAGAGUUGACGAAGUUUGCUGUUCGAGUCCUUAGCCUUACUUGUAGUGCAUCUGGGCUUGAGAGGAAUUGGAGCACCUUUGAAUUGAUUCAUACAAAGAAAAGAAAUAGACUUGAACAGAAAAGGCUAAAUGCUCUAGUCUAUGUGAAAUAUAAUACGGCUCUAAAGCAACGAAGUAUUCAAAGGAAGAGAAAGGUUGAUCCAAUAUUAGUGGAUGAUAUUCCCUCUGAUGAUGAAUGGAUAACGGAGGUUGAGGAACCAUCUCUUCCAUUUGAUCCUUCUUGGAUAGAAGAGGAAGACAUAUUUGAUGUUGAUGCCAUUAGGAAUGUGCCAAUUCCUACCUAUGAAAGUGGUCUACAACCUCGAGAGUCAAUUAUUCGUAAGUCUGUUCUCGAUGAUCCUCCUACUGCUCCUAGUGAGCCUACUUUUAAUGAGCGUAUCCCUUCUCCGCCUAUUAUUCGAUACAAACGAGGUCGUGUUGAAAGAUCAAUUCAUUGAUGGCAGGAUGAUAAUAUUGCUAACUGUGUUUGCUAGACGUUGCUUAUGUUACUUGAUGAAUGAUAUGGCACAAGAAGUUCUUGGAGAUGCUAUGCAAGCCCUAGUAAUAAACCCUGAAUGGCCCACUGCCUUCUAUCUUCAAGCAGCUGCCCUAAAGAGCCUAGGGAUGGACAAUGAUGCACAGGAAACUCUAAAAGAUGGAACAUAGAGGUGUUUUCCCUCUUCUUUCAUUUACAAUUGUAUCUAGCUUUUUCCAUAUUCCCACUUUGACAUUUGAGUUCUUAUCUGCAGCAACAGAGGAUUAAUUGUAACAAUCUAUGUGUUGGUCUUGGUGUAUCUUUUUAAUUAUUUUGAUCUAUACAAGUCAAAAUUUAUUGUUUGUUUGCCCUGCUGUAAUUCAUUUGAUUUAAAUUUUUGAGUUUGUCAUCAUGUAAGAUGUCCUCUGAAUCAUACAUAUUCUUCGAUUAUGAAUUAAAACAGGGGAUUUGAAAUGAAUAAUAGAUCACUUAUUCUUUAUCA